AUGGCUGCUGUCACUGUGGGCCGCCAAGAGAAAAAUGACCAGUCAGUGGUCCCAUCGAUGCCCUUCACCUCCCCUCACCAAAGGCUAGAGUGCACAGCCACCCACUCCAUCUUAGCAGAGGGAGGUACGUGUGAGGUGAUUGCCGCCCACCGAUGCUGUAACAAGAAUCGCAUCGAGGAGCGUUCACAGACAGUCAAGUGCUCCUGUUUACCAGGGAAAGUCGCCGGGACGACACGCAACAAACCCUCCUGUGUGGAUGCGUCCAUUGUAAUUGGGAAAUGGUGGUGUGAGAUGGAACCGUGUCUGGAGGGAGAAGAGUGCAAGACUCUGCCUGACAACUCUGGAUGGAUGUGCUCCUCUGGGAACAAAAUCAAGACUACAAGAAUUCAUCCCAGGACCUAACAGAGAGCUCCCAUUGCAGGGCCGCGUGCCAGGCUCUUCCCUUCAUCUACCCUUUCUCUUCCCACCGAACGGACUAAAACUAUUACAUCCACGGCUACUGACUGGAUUACCUGGGACCACAGAAAGGAUAUCCACCCAGAUAAAACAGCUUUGCUCGCGUGGUGCCAAGGAUUUGAAACCAGACUAAUCCCCUGUUUGAUCAAUGAGCCCCAUGUUGGUGACUCUCCUCUUCCACACAACUGUGGCCAGUUUCCGACCUACUCUGUCUCUGUUUCCCUCACUCUGUCUCACCCUGAAAAACUGAAAAAAGAGCUUAGGGGUUAUUUAGAGGUUGUUAAAACAUUAUUUGAAGACAUUCGCCCUGCCUGACGGUAAACCAAUUUAGGAGCUUACAUGGACCUGAACACGGGAUCCACAGAGCUGAGGGCAAAAGGAGGGAAAUUAACUUGAUAACCUUUUAUUUCUGUGUGGACGGAAUUUGUAUUUGACUCGCUACUCCCAGUAGGACGGCCCGGCUGUGACAUCACGGAGGUUCUUAAACACUGGAUUUUCAGUGACGGGGACCACGAGCACCCUCCAAUGACUUAAUGAAGGAUCUUUGUGAGGGUUGGGAGUCCUCAGGGCCUCACCUUCAUCCUUCAUGACGGACAUUUUGACUUUUAUUCGUGGGCAUGCCCGAUGUAAAUUCAUGAGCACUCCUUUUCUUUGUAUGUUAGAUAAUUUGUGUAUAUAUACAUAUAUAAAUACAUCACAUAUAAGAAGACAGAUCCAAGAAGCUGAAAAAUAUAUUUAAGACUCUA